AACAAAAUAUUUAUAAAAUGUUUAAAAUAAACAAAAGUAUAUUUGAUUGUGUUGUUUUGCAUAGUUGAAUUAUAAACAAAUUAGUUGUUUCUUUAAUAUGAAAUAAAAAGUAAAUUUGGACAAAUUGAGAUGUAAAAUUGUGAAAAAUAAUGGAAUCUUUCUUGUGUUUAACUGUGUGCGAAACUUUAAAUGGAGAAAGCUUCCCUAUAAUUUAUUAGUUUUACUAACAUUGAAAAUUCUUUUGGAUUCCUAUUUCUGUCGGAAAGUACUGUGAAAUGCCAUGGGAGUCCUGAUGAACCAUUGGUGGUAUUUUCUGCGGUAAAAUAUCGCAUUACCAUAUUCGUUGCAAAAAAUAAGUCGAGGUAUUAUAGCUCGUUGUAGUAUGUGCAUGUUAUAGGCUUAUUAUAUUCUUAAGUUCGGGCGUUUGAACGAUAGGCCACAUAGAGGUAAAAAUACUUCUUCCUGUUAAUAAUGUUCGAGAAAAUUCUAUUAAAUUUAGGAAAGAAUGUUCCAGAAAGAUCUUUUUCAAGAAAAGCAGUUUAAAAAAACUCUCGAAUAAUGUGCUUGGUAUAGAACAGUAAGUUUCCUUUGGAAACAUUCCAUUGGAAUAAUUUACUUGGAAAGUUACCAUCUGGCAUUGAUUGUUCCGAAUAUGAGUCAUGUUCACAAUUUAAACCCUUAGCGAUUUCACCAUGUUUGACUCACGUUUCAACAGUCAAUGAUCAAAAUCAUCCCACUAUCACUGUACACAGAGGUGAACUUCUGCUAUUGCUCCAAUUUUCUAGCUUUGUCUUGUCUGCACUCAUUGUCAAGGCACUGCAAUUGCACGUGUAACGGCGACACCUCCCCUGUCACACGGCGAUCAAGAACCAUUAAAACGUAAAUUAGGCUCCCCCACCACGCUCAGUCGUAGUGCAACGGCCCUGCCAUAAGCUUAGAAAAACGAUCGCAACAUGUGGUUCUUCACAGUGGCAUUAGUUUCGAUUUGUGUUCUGAUGGUGAUACGCUGGCUGCAGAAACGGAGAAGGGACUUCGCCAAACAUGUCCCCUGGGUCAGACCAUAUUUGCCGGUGCUUGGCAAUGGUUUGCUGUUCAUCGGAAAGGACGACGUGCAACGGUUCUGGAACAUGCAGAAAAUGUUCGACAGAAAAGAAAAUCUAUUUAGAUUCUAUUUGGGUCCAAACACGGUGUUCGGUACCAAUGAUCCCGGCACGGCGCAGCAGAUUUUAACCGAUCCGAAUUGCAUGGAUAAGCCUUAUGUGUACGAUUACUUUCUGGCUGAUUGUGGAGUUUUCGCCGCGAAAACAAGUGUGUGGAAGAGUCAGCGGAAAGCACUGAAUCCCACUUCGAACGUCCGAGUGCUUCAAGGAUACAUACCAACCUUCUGCAGGAUAAACAGUGCAAUGAUCAAACGACUGGAGAACGUACCCGCAGGGAAGACAAUCAAUUUUAUGGACUACGCAUCAAGAUUGGCCGUAGAGUUGGUUUGUGCUACGACGCUUGGUUUCGAUAUAAACCAGUUUGACGAUCCGGACGGCUUCGCUCAUAACAUGGAACGAGUUUUCUAUGUAGCUUCCAGAAGAAUGCUGAACGUACAUCUGCAGUUGGAUACAGUUUAUCGAUGGACUAAGGAUUACCGCGAGGAACGAGCCCUUCGCGAGAAGAUGGAGAGUUAUGCAAUGAAGAUCUACGAAAGUGCGGAAAGAAGAUUCUCAUCGCCCCCUGAAGAUGACGAAGAUCAGGAACAAGAAAAAUCACGAAUACUAGUGCACCAACUGUUCGUGAACAAGCAUCGAAAAUUCGCCAAAAUGGAAAUUCUUCACAACAUCUACACAAUCAUCGCCGCGGGAACGGAUACCACGGCAAAUGCAGUUUCGUAUACCUGCCUCCAGUUGGCCAUGCACCCCGAACAACAGGAGAGAUUGUACAACGAAAUCAAUGAUAUCUUCCCCAACUCGGAGCCUAUCAUCACCCUAGAAGCGCUCAAGUGUCUCCCAUACCUGGAUAUGGUCCUAAAAGAGGCCCUACGACUGUAUCCGGCAGCAUGGAUAGUCAUGCGGGAGAACACUGACGAUGUAAUCAUCGACGGAUUACGUAUUCCCAAGGGUAACAAAUUUGCGGUGAAUAUCUACAGCAUGCAAAGGCGGGUUGAUGUUUGGGGACCGGAUGCAAACCUAUUUAAUCCGGAAAGAUUCGGUGCGGAACGCUCUGCCACCAGACAUCGGUAUGCGUUUCUACCGUUCAGCGGAGGCCGCAGGGAUUGUUUGGGUGCCCGUUACGCGAUGAUCAGUAUGAAGAUAAUGAUGGUGCAUUUGGUUAAACAUUUCCGAUUUACCACCACCAUGCGAGAAGAGGACAUCAACUUCCGAUUCGAUGCUCUGCUGAGGAUAAUUGGUGGCCAUCAACUACAAAUAGAGAAACGAUGAAGGAAACAUACCCAUGAAACAAACAUCACGUACCUGAAUGAGCAUUUAAGAAAAGUAUAGAAUUUAUGGAAAUACAACUGUCACUGCCAAAUAAUUAUUUUACAA